UGUGACACUUUCGUCAUUUAGACGUAGUAACAAUUAUUUUCACGCAAAUUACAAGAAAAUUUUCACGUUAUUUUGACAAUAUUUUCAAUAGAUAAAUUUGAAUGAAUCGAGUAGUUCAAAAGAAUGUGAAAAAGCAUUUAUAUGUCGAAAUAGAAUAGUAUAGAUGAAAUAUUUUGGAUCUAAGCUUUUUUUUUCAAUAAGAUUCAGCAGAAAUUGACAGAAAUAGUAAAGUAGCUAGCGUAAAAAGGUCCAUACAUCGGUAUACGAUUGAUUUUCAAGAGCAUUGCAACAUUUUUUGGACAACAUAAAUCAAAUUUCUUCAUAAUGCAAUUUUCAAUAUCCUCCAAAACUGCCGAACAGCUUGAAAGAGAGAGAAUUGAAUAUUAUCACACCCGCUAUAAUAAAUCCAAGUUUCCGUUACGAAAACAUCGUCGGAAAGUUGUAACACGAACACAGUCAGAGACAGAUAUUAAUGCCGACAUUUCGGAAUGUGAACAAACCGAAAAUCCUCCAAAAGUCAGUUCGAAACUAGAAACUUUCACUAAAAUGCUAUUCAAUCGCUCAAAUUCGCUACAACACAGUCCAAAAAAGGUGACCAGCUCAUCGUCAACCACGUGGAUGGAAAAUUUAUGGAAAAGCAUGAAAUUCCAGAGAGCUGCCGAACCAACACCACCAGAACGAGCGUUGCGUGAACUAGCAUACAUUUCGAGCCAAGAAUGGGUAGAGAAAUCGGAUGGCCGUUACAAGAUCAUGGCCCAUUUGGAUACUAUCGGCUUUAGAGAGGAUAAAAACUGGUUCUUGCUGAACGAUACAACAGUCCGAACGAAUCGUCUGAUGACGUGGAUUCCAUUACCAGCCGAUUGUGUUGCCCUGGAGGAACUAGCCCCUUUCAAUUCACCAAAAGGAAUAAUGAUGGAAUUGCUCGCUUCAUUGCAACAUCCAUACAUUUAUCCAGUGCUAGAUCUGGGCAUUUUCAAUUCGAACCAAACGAAUUUCGCGUGUCUCGUUAUGCCGAUCAAUGAGCGUGGCAGCCUCAAAGAUUAUAUUUACAAAGCGAUACGGUGGAAUGAGCCAUGGAGACGUAAAUACGCAAAAAAGUCAAUUUGUUUGACAUUGCCGCAGGUGCAACGGUUUGGUCGACAUAUUUUGGAAGCGUUGCUAUUUCUGCGCGAACGAGGCAUUCCAUCACAUGGCCACUUGCAUAGCGGCAAUGUCAUACUACAAAAUGGUGUUGCCAGGUUAUCGGGAUUGGAAAAUGGUUUACUCGGCCUAGACUCAAAAGUGAAUGCGGUUGAUUCGGCAAAGAAUAUUGCUGAUGUUGAACACAGGGAUGUUAUUUGCUUUGGCCAUUUACUCUUUGAAAUGUGCACGGGAUUUGAAUUGCUAACACCUCGCCCAACCGCUGACAACUUGUUCUUAGACUUGGAACGAUAUCCAAAGGUGGUCAAAGUGCUGCAAUGGAUUUUUGAAUCUCCCGGUGAUCGAUAUCCAACUGUUGCGGAACUUGUGCGAUCUGAUUUAUUCCGACACGUCGAAUUACGUGAAAUGAGGGGAGCAUCAAUUUCGGCGCUCAAACCAGAUUUAAGUACAUCUACAUCGAAUCUCUUGGAUGCAGUUCGGCGAAGACAAGAUGCUCCCUUGAAUCGUCCGUACUGUGAAAUUGAUGAAUCACCAUGCUAUGCUUCAAUAAAUGGUUCGUACAGCGAUCUUUCAUUUGCUGGGGCUUUGGAGGGUCAUGUAACUGUGACGCAAGAACAAUACGAGCAAUACCGGAAAAUGGGCAGCACAUUCCAGUUAUGCAAAAUAUGCACGGAAAAUAACAAAGAUAUACGACUAGAGCCAUGUGGUCAUUUGCUGUGCAUUCAGUGCUUGAGCGCUUGGCAAUUAGAUUCCGAAGGGAACGGUUGUCCUUUCUGUCGAGCUGAAAUCAAAGGAACUGAACAAAUCGUAGUCGAUCCAUUUGAUCCGUCAACGGACAGGAACGCGGCCUACGGUCGUCAACGAAGCGUUGACCAUAUAUACACUGAACUGGUAUAGUUAGCAAGAACAAACGAACCAUCUAGGAACUCCAUACAAACUAGCUUUACUACAUAAAAUUCAUCUCUUUGUGUCUAAAAUAUCGCUUUUGUGUGCGUAAAACAAAGUUCUGUCAACUACUACUCAUAAUAAAGGAAUCAUUCUCAGGGAAUCAGCCAUCCAACUAAAAUAAUUAACAAUUGAUUAAUAAGAACAAUGUGUUUGACCAUAAAAUGUGUUCAAAAUAGGUAAAGUCAAUAUAGAAUAACAAAUAUUCAUUAUAUCUAUGGGUGAGAUUGAGAGUAGCGCUGAGAGAGUAGCUUCAAAUACUUCGCAUUUUUUUAAGAAGUAGAGUA